AAUUCCCAUUAAUCCGCUAUACUUGCUAUAAAUUGAAAAGAAAAUUGGCAAAUAAAUACGUCAAAUCUCAUUUCAAUUUUGAUAACAAUGGUGGUAGCCCUAGAACCUGGAAAGUUUUACGGCAGCAGCCUCCCUAGACCAAGAUUCUACAAGCCCAACCAACAGAGAGUAGAUCCACCAAUCUCCGUCCUCGAUCCAUUUAUGUCAUGGGCGGAGAAAGCUCACUGGUCCAUGGGCGGCGUUAGCUUCACGCGUCACCGUCUGCAGGGCCGAAUUGAAGGCAGCAUCGAGAAGUUACGCGCGGAGCUUGAAGAAACCCCGGAAAAGGGUUCUCCAGUGCCACUGCCAUGUUCGGAGAGUAGUAGUCCACCUAUGCCGCCUGCUCCGUUUGUGUUGAAGCGGAAAAGGAGGUUGGUUGAUGAAUCUGAGGAUGUGGAGAGUGGUUUGGCGAGAAAGCUUGAGUUUGAGGAGAAAGAAGUGGAAGCUGUUGCUGUGAGGACGAGGAGUCGGAGGAAUGAAGAUGUUGUUGUGGUUAAUCAGGUGAAAUCUAAAGGUGAAAAUUCGAAUAAGAAGAAGAGUUUGAAGAAGGUUGAAUCUGUGAAAAGGACUUCGCCCAGAUUGUCCAAGUGCCUUUCGCCUUGAAGGUGUUUGAUCGUUUGUGUCAGUGAAUGGGAUGUUUAAUUUGUUAAGAGUACAGUGAUAUAGUGUGUUUCUAGUUUUAGUUUACUCCCUUUUGUAGUGAAAAUUGAAUUAUGCUGUCAGCAAAAUCUAGUUGAAAUUUAUAGUCUUUAGAUAAAUGAUAAGAAAUUUAGGUGCUUUGUUUCUUGGCAAUGAUUGUAGCUAAAUGUUGCAUCGUUGAGAUUUUGCUGUCUCUGAUAAAUGAUACUGCUGCAUUUAGUAUACUGGUUAUGGGUCAUUCACUCUUUAUCAA